CUUGGCGGUUUUGUGAACGACCUUAAAGUGUUCCAUAAUAGAGGAGUGGUGACUACAAAGACUCUGUCAUGAACAUCUGCCUGUAGGAAUCAACUUUUUAAUCAUCUGGGGAAAACCUGAGAAUGUGCUUGCUAUGCUCAGACUGUAAGGAGCUGUUAACAUGUACAUUUCUACUUUGAUGACCUGGAACAGAUUUGGAAGCUGCCAUUUCCAGAAAUGCCAUUUCAAUCCCACUUUGUAUCCAGUACAAAUAUGCUUGUAGGCAUGAUCUGCCAUAACAGGAUAUGUUUUUGGAACUGGCAAUUGCCUUAAGAAGAGGCUCUUUCUCAUUUCCUGUCUGGUAGUAAAAUGCGCUUUGCAAGCAGGCCACAAAGCUUCCAGCAUUGAAAAUGGUGUAUGGCGAGUUCUUCCACAAACCGGGACAAGAUGAGGAGCUUGUCAACUUGAAUGUAGGUGGCUUUAAGCAGUCCAUUGGCCAAAGUACGUUGCUGAGAUUUCCCCAUACAAGGCUUGGAAAGCUGCUUAAAUGCCAUUCAGAAGAGGCUAUUCUAGAACUAUGUGAUGACUAUAGUGUUGCCGACAAGGAAUACUACUUUGAUCGGAACCCUUCCUUGUUCAGAUAUGUGCUGAAUUUUUAUUACACAGGUAAACUCCAUGUUAUGGAAGAGCUUUGUGUCUUCUCCUUUUGCCAGGAAAUAGAAUACUGGGGGAUCAAUGAACUCUUCCUUGAUUCCUGCUGCAGCAAUAGGUACCAAGAAAAGAAAGAAGAAGGUCCUGAUAAAGACUGGGACCAGAAGAGCAAUGACAGAAGUCUAGACUCUUCUGAUGAUGAGUCAUCCAUAUUUGAUAAGGAGCUUGAGAAGUUCGAUAAACAGUGGUUUGGACCCUUGCGAAAAAAUAUAUGGAUUAGAAUGGAAAACCCUGCAUAUUGCUUAUCAGCCAAACUGAUUGCUAUUUCUUCCCUUAGUGUGGUCCUAGCAUCUAUUGUGACCAUGUGUAUCCACAGCAUGCCUGAGUUCCAAAAGCUGGAUGCCAAUGAAAGAGAAAUUGAAGAUCCUGUUCUGGAAGUCGUGGAGAUCAUAUGCAUCAUCUGGUUCACCUCUGAGCUAGUGAUCAGGUUGGCUGCUGCUCCAAGUCAGAAGAAAUUCUGGAAGAACCCACUGAAUAUCAUUGACUUUGUCUCCAUCAUUCCCUUCUAUGCCACUUUGGCUGUGGACACAAAAGAGGAAGAAAGUGAAGACAUUGAAAAUAUGGGGAAAGUGGUUCAAAUCCUUCGCUUAAUGAGGAUUUUCCGAAUUUUGAAGCUGGCUAGGCACUCUGUUGGACUGCGGUCUCUGGGUGCCACUUUAAGACACAGUUACCAUGAAGUUGGACUUCUGCUUUUGUUCUUGGCUGUUGGGAUUUCCAUUUUUUCUGUUCUGGCCUACUCAGUGGAAAAAGAUGAUGAAACAUCAGAGCUGCAGAGUAUCCCAAUCUGCUGGUGGUGGGCCACAAUUAGCAUGACCACUGUGGGCUAUGGGGACACCUUCCCAGUAACCCUUGCAGGGAAGAUUAUUGGUACAACCUGCAUUAUCUGUGGAAUAUUAGUGGUGGCUCUUCCCAUCACUAUCAUUUUCAACAAGUUUUCAAAAUACUAUCAGAAGCAGAAGGAAAUUGAUGUGGACCAAGGCAACAACAACAACAACCCCCCCGAGGAGAAGACAAAUGAGCUCCCCUAUUUUAAUAUUAGGGAUAUUUAUGCAAAAAAGAUGCACUCUUUUAUUUCCAGCCUUUCUUCAGUAGGAAUUGUAGCCAACGAUCAAGAUUCAACUGACGCCUCCAGCAUCCAAGAUCUUGACGAUGUUUAUAAUGCAACAUCUUUGCAGAAUGAACGUGCAUCUUUAGUCUCUUCGAAGACCCAUCUGUGACUGGACCUGUAGUCUGCUGGUACCUCUGCACUAAGCACAGCCCAAUGAAUCCAUUCACACUGAAGAGCUACUUCAACACCCAACUGAUCAGAAUGGUUAAUGGAGCUCUCUCACACAGCACUAGGGAGAGAGUCAUAAGCAGUAAGUGGCAAAGGGGAGGUCCUGACAGAUUACAGCUUAUGCUGCAUUUGCUGUUAGCUUCUCAUCAAUCCCCAUUCCACCUAAAAAAUAAGCCAUACAUACCAUUGAUAGCCUCAUUUUAUACCUUUGGACACCAAAAGAGUUUAUCUACAAUCACCACCCGACAUGACAUAAUUGUCAUGUUCUCACAUUCAUUAAUAAAGCAUCAGCCUUUUGGGUUCUGCCUACCUCUGCCAAAUGCUUCCUGUCAUAAUUCCUACCAUUUACCUCUGCUGUUGGAUGAUGAUGAUGAUGAUGAUGAUAACAAUAUAUUGUGACAUAUAGUUAAUACUGCUUGCUGUUCCUUUGCUUGUUAUUGUUAAAACUGCAAUAUGAAAAGGAAACUUCUCAGUAGGCCAACUCUGUAAAUAUAUCCGCUAACUAUUUCACAAUAAGGCAGGCUACCUCAACACCAAUAAAAUUUUGAC